CUGUCUCCCGCUUCGUCUAAGCGUAAUGUCUGUAAAGCAUUCAGGACCCCACUCUACUGACUUUUAAAUUCUCGUACACUUCGUCCGAAUCUCGUGCUUGUGCUAUUUCUGAUUUCUUCCAAUUGAUUCCUAUCUUAAAUACAAUCUGGCACGCUUCUCCUUACACUCCCCUAGCACACAAGGCACCUAUCAGCUGAACUGAAGCUUACAAAAGGUUGAAGUUACAUGUCUACUUCUGGAAAACUGCCUGAAUACUUUGAUGUCUACCCAGCUGAUCCAGCUGAAUCUGUAGAUUUUGAAUUCUUUGAUGAACAUCCUGAGUCGAUCCUGGAACCAUUGAAAAAGGAUGAUAAAAAAGAUUCUGAGCUCACGCAUUCGGCUUCACUUGAGCCAAACAAUAAAACUUUGAUGUUAAAACAACAACAGCGAGGUAAUCCGUAUAAACGGAAUGGAGAUGUUGAUCUAAGCGACGAAACAUAUCACAGCACUGAGGACGAAGACGAGAUUAGGAAAAUAAAAGGAGAUGGAAACAAUCGGGGUAAAAGUUCAUUGUCUCAUAAACCAGAUAACAAUCCUAAUAAAAUAAAUAAGAAGAAAGCUGUAGUGAAGGAUGUGUACAGUGAUUCAAUGAAUUACAAUGACAUCGAAGAACGAUCAAAUUUAUCUUCUAGUGAUAUUACUGGUCUUUCUAGUAAUGAAACUAACUAUCAAACGUCUAGAAAUUCCCCAGUGCGGCAAUCUUUAAACAAAAAUGAUAACCAGAAAAAACAAACCAAACUCUCAUUUCAUAGUCCUAAUAUUUAUAAUGUGAAUAAUGAACGUAUUAAUGUAGACGAAAUUGCAGAUGCUUUGAAAACUCUUAAUAAAAAGGUUCAUCGGUUACAUAUCCGUCCACCAUGGAAAGAUCCAAAUUCAAAACCACUCCCGAGUGAUCAAACAAUAGCAUUUUAUAAUAUGUACGAAGAUUAUUUGAAGUAUCAAAGUCAGCGACCAUCUUCAAGUUUAAGCUGUUCAGCAAAAUUUUUACAUGAUGAAAUAGCUGUACGUAGAUUAUACCAUUCGACAUUGAAUCGUUUGCGUCAAAACGAAAAAAUCCAGAUAGAAAACUAUGAAUUAGCUAAACGCUUAAAAAAUAUUCGACCAACAACUGGUAUGACAAGAGAAGAACAAUUACGAGAUUAUAAAAAGUAUUUUAUUACACCGAAUUCAUUGUAUGCCUAUCAAAAAUCGGAAUCCACUGCUCCAUGUCGAAAACUUUUCCCUAUAAAUCAUAAACAUAAUAAUUUAAAAUCAAAUGAAUUAAAAUCGAAAUCUGUAAAUAGUGAUUUAUCACAUAAUAAUAAUAAUAAUAAACACCAAACAAACAGUAUUAAUGAUAAUUAUAAAAAUAAUUUAAAGCGAUUAAAUAAAGAUGCACAAGGCCAAAUGAAACUUGAACAUUCAUAUAAUUCAAAUUAUAAGCAUGAAUCCGAUUCAUCUUCGUCAACUUUAAAUCAUCAAGUGAACUAUUCAAAACAAUCAUUGAAUACAUCAAAAAUCAUUCGACACCAACAACCACCACCACCCAAUCAUCAUCAUCAUCAUACAUCAAUAUUAUCAUCAACAUCAUCUCUGUCGGGUUCAUUUAAUUCCUCAUCGGAAGUGUCGGUUAAACUUUGAAAAAAGACACUUUUUAAAAUUAUAACUUAUUAUUUUUUUUGACUAUUGUUGGUGUUCUUUCAAAAUAAAUUAUAUUGUGAAUGACUACUACUAUAAGUACAUUUACAGAAAAAUCAAUAUUUAAAUGAAACAACUACUGAACAACUGAUGAAGCAACCUUUUUAUUAUCGUUUAGGAUGUCUUUCGAUUUCGCAUAUUUUACUAUAUAUAUAUACAUAAAAAAAAGAGUAUCAGUAUGUUUAAAGGGAAAAUAGAUUUGUUUUGUCUGUUUAUUUUGAAUCUUUUAAACACUCUCCAAUUAUUAUCUUUCCCGAUUGAUUCAUCAUCUUAUCAAAUAUCACAAAUCAAUACUUCCAUUAUAUAUAUACGACAAAUGAUGUAGAAAAGGGAUAAUCGACUAUUUUGAGUACUAUGAUCAAUAUAUAUAUAUAUAUAUAU